AAUACUUGUGAAAAAGAUUUAUUGUUUUACUCAUAUACGACGAUGAUUUCAAAAAUUAACGACGAUGACAGUUCCAAGAUUAGUGCCCAAUCUGGUCAUCAAAUCAGCAAGAACACCUUGUAA